CUGGCCUGAGAAAGAUUUAUUUUGGUUCAUGGGUUUGGAGGUUUCUGUCCAUGGUAGGCAGGCUCUAUUGCCUUAGGCCUGAAUGAAGCAGAGUAUUAUGGUGGCAGUAACAUGCAGCAGAUGAGACCGCUCAUCUCAUGUUGACCAGAACGCAAAGAGCGCAAGGACAGACAAAAUAUACCCUGGAAAGGCAAACCUCCAGUGACCCACCUCUUCCAACUAGGAAUCACUUCCUGAAGUUUCCACUGCCUCCCAGCCACCAGCUGGGACCAAACUUCAAAACAUGAGCCUUUGGAGGAUAUUCUGGAUCCAGACUAUAACAGUAACAGCUCUUGUUGUUUUACAUUGUUUGGAAAUUAAUAUUAUGCCAUGCAUAGAUCUGUAAUAUUAAACCCAAUCCUGGAUUACGUAGAAUUGUUUUUCAUGGAUUAACUCCUUGUAAAAAAAAUUAGACUCCAACUCUUUGUGAGUUGGAAAAAGACUCUUGGAAUCCAGCAAGAAAUCAAGCAGAGAAGUAAAAGAUAAUACCAGCUGCGCUGACAAAAGAAUUCCAAAAUGACUCAGAAGACUGCCAGCUGACUGGCAUCAUUAAAGGUCCUAUGGCAGUGUAUACAAAGCUAUUCAUAAGGAGACUGGUCAGAUUGUUGCUAUUAAACAAGUUCCCGUGGAAUCAGAUCUUCAAGAAAUAAUCAAAGAAAUUUCAAUAAUGCAGCAAUGUGACAGCCCACAUGUAGUCAAGUAUUAUGGCAGUUAUUUUAAGAACACAGACCUGUGGAUUGUUAUGGAGUACUGUGGGGCCGGUUCUGUAUCUGAUAUCAUUCGAUUACGAAAUAAAACAUUAACAGAAGAUGAGAUAGCUACAAUAUUACAGUCAACUCUCAAAGGUCUGGAAUACCUUCAUUUUAUGAGAAAAAUACACCGAGAUAUCAAGGCAGGAAACAUUUUGCUAAAUACAGAAGGGCAUGCAAAGCUUGCAGAUUUUGGAGUAGCAGGUCAACUUACAGAUACCAUGGCCAAGAGGAAUACGGUAAUAGGAACACCAUUUUGGAUGGCUCCAGAAGUGAUUCAGGAAAUUGGGUAUAAUUGUGUGGCAGACAUCUGGUCUCUAGGAAUAACUGCCAUAGAAAUGGCUGAAGGAAAGCCCCCAUAUGCUGAUAUCCAUCCAAUGAGGGCAAUCUUCAUGAUUCCAACAAACCCUCCUCCCACAUUCCGAAAGCCAGAGCUGUGGUCAGAUAACUUCAUGGAUUUUGUGAAACAGUGUCUUGUGAAGAGCCCUGAGCAGAGAGCCACAGCCACUCAGCUCCUGCAGCACCCGUUUGUCAAGAGUGCCAAAGGAGUAUCAAUACUGCGGGACUUAAUUAAUGAAGCCAUGGAUGUGAAACUGAAACGUCAGGAAGCCCAGCAGCGGGAAGUGGACCAGGAUGAUGAAGAAAACUCAGAAGAAGAUGAAAUGGAUUCUGGCACAAUGGUUCGAGCAGUGGGUGAGGAGAUGGGCACUGUCCGAGUAGCCAGCACCAUGAGCGAUGGAGCCAAUACUAUGAUUGAGCAUGAUGAUACGUUGCCAUCGCAGCUGGGCACCAUGGUGAUCAAUGCAGAAGAUGAGGAGGGGGAAGGGACCAUGAAAAGAAGGGAUGAGACCAUGCAGCCUGCGAAACCAUCUUUCCUUGAAUACUUUGAACAAAAAGAAAAGGAAAAUCAGAUAAACAGCUUUGGCAAGAGUGUACCUGGCCCACUGAAAAAUUCUUCAGACUGGAAAGUACCACAGGAUGGAGACUAUGAAUUUCUUAAGAGUUGGACAGUGGAAGACCUUCAGAAGAGGCUCUUGGCUCUCGACCCCAUGAUGGAGCAGGAAAUUGAAGAGAUCCGGCAAAAGUACCAGUCCAAGCGGCAGCCAAUUCUGGAUGCCAUUGAGGCUAAAAAGAGGCGGCAACAAAAUUUCUGAGCAAGGCUGGGCCCUGGGCUUUGGUGAAUCCUGGAUUGCUCGUCUCACACUGUCAGCCAGCACUUACACUAUAUCAUUUCUUCAGAGCACCUUUUUGAACUCAGGAAUGUGCGCCAGUGGGAAGGGCUACCUUGACAGUCAUUGUGCCAUCUUGAUGUGUGUAUUUACGUUGGUCAGGUGUAUUACUUUGAAGAUUUAUGUUGGCGCUUUUAACUCAGAAUUUUAAUCCCCAGAAACAGAGACUCUUAGUUGAGAGCUGGGAAAGUUUUACAUUAUCUUUGUGUUUUUCUUUUCCCAAUAGUUUUUUAUUGUUCUU